AUGGCUAGCCAAAAUAAACUCAUUUUUACGUUUUUUUUAAUUUUUAUUUCAGUGCAGUGGACUUUGUCUGUUCCAGAGGAAGAGCUCCAUGCCAGCUACUGGAACAAUAAAGCGAGACAAGCUCUUCACACUGCCCUGAAUGUUCAGCCUAAUAUUCACAAAGCCAAGAACAUCAUCCUGUUCCUGGGUGACGGUAUGGGGGUACCGACAGUGACAGCUGCCCGGAUCCUCAAAGGCCAGUUGGCAGGACAUUCUGGGGAAGAGACUAGUCUGGUUAUGGAUACCUUCCCUCACCUGGCGCUGUCUAAGACGUACAAUGUGGACCAGCAGAUGCCAGACAGCGCUGGUACAGCCACAGCUUACACAUGUGGUGUGAAGGCCAACUACGGCACCCUGGGUGUCACAGCUGCCACCCCGAGGUACAACUGUAGUGCUUCCUAUGGGAACGAAGUCACAUCAGUUCUGCACCGUGCUAAGAAAGCAGGAAAGUCUGUGGGAAUUGUGACUACAACCAGAGUGCAGCAUGCUUCUCCUGGUGCAAACUACGCUCACUCUGCAGACCGAGGCUGGUAUUCUGACUCCGACCUCACCUCUGAGGCGAUAAAAAAUGGCUGCCGUGACAUUGCUUACCAGCUAGUUCAAAACACAGAGAUAAAUGUCAUUCUUGGUGGAGGUCGUCAAUACAUGUUUCCGAGAACCGUGAAAGACCCAGAGUAUCCGACUAAUAAAGGAGACAGAAAGGAUGAACAAAAUCUGGUUGAAAAGUGGAUGAAGAACAAAAAGAAUGUGAAAUAUGUUUGGAACAAAGCUGAUUUUGAUGCCGUCAAUCCUGCAAAUACAGACUUCCUGAUGGGUCUUUUUGAGCCCAAGGACUGCCGCUACGAGUUGGAUCGUGAUUCGUCCAUGGACCCCUCCCUUACGGAGAUGAUGGAGAAAGCAAUUAAGAUUCUCAGCAAGAACCCAAAGGGAUUUUACCUCUUUGUGGAAGAUACUGGGAGAAUUGACCAUGGACACCAUGCAGGGAAUGCCAAAAGAGCUCUCUAUGAGGCUGUUGAGUUUGACCGGGCGGUCGGGCGAGCAGCUGAACUCACUAGUGAGCUGGAUACCCUGUCUGUGGUGACUGCUGACCACUCCCAUGUAUUUGCCUUUGGAGGAAGUUCUGCCAGAGGAAACUCUGUUUUAGGGGUGUCUCGCUCACUAGCUGACGACAAAAAGCAUUUCACCACUGCUGUGUAUGGAAAUGGACCAGGAUACCGGAACGGAACUCGCCCAGAUAUGAAUGAGACUAUUUCAUCGGACAAUGAUUACCUUCAGCAGGCUCCUGUCCCUCUUGAUUCAGAGACCCACGGCAUCGAAGAUGUAGCCAUCUUUGCCAAAGGUCCCAUGUCACACCUUUUCCACGGGGUCCAGGAGCAGAACUACAUUGCCCACGUCAUGGCUUAUGCUGCCUGCCUGGAGCCCUACGAGGAUUGCGAACUGCCUCCGCCCAACCACGCUGGAUCCAUCCACCCCAGCCUGCUGUUCCUCCUGAUGGGCCUCCUACUCCACAUCCUCUGCUCUGUCUGA